GUAACAAUACUAUUAAAGGUAAUAAUACUAAAUAGAUACGACACACUCACAGUGUGUGACACGCACACAGUAUAAAAAUAGACAUGAGUUGUUAUUGCAGUUGACUAAGUUGACUAUAGUAGUAAGUACUCGUUCCUCCAGCGCAAAAUCUAGAACAAUCCGAUUUUCUCUCGGCGGCGCCGCCACCUUCGGCCAACAUCUCUUGCUGGUUCCAUAAUUUUCUUAGCAGCGUCUUUGAUUAGAGAGGUUUGACGUAACAAGUCAUCAACAGAUGUUGCUUUCGGCAGUACAUACGAAUUCUUGUCACCAUUCUUCGUUGCCUUUUCCUACAAGGGCCACGAUAUGCACCUCGUUUUCAAGAUCCAUUUCGUGUGCAAAUUUCCUUUCUAAAGUUCCUGGAAAGAAGCUCAAUUGCAUUGUGAAACGCCUCUCAUGCUCUGCUGAUUCGAGAAAAUCCGAUCAAGAAUCCGAAACUAACCCCAACCAGAAUUCUAAGUCGAAGUCUAAUACAGAGAAAAAAACCCGUAAAGCUAAAAAUCCCGAAAACGAAGCUGAAAACCCAGAGAGUUCAUUUCCUCCAAUGAUCCCUAAAAAGCCAAGGCGGGGUCGAAAAAGUGAAGCAGCAGCUGUCGAGGAUUUCAUACGUGGUUCACUGGGAAAAACUUUCGAGUCAAUACGGAACCAAAAUCCAGAAAUUCUGAAAAAUAUGGAAAAUAUAAUGAAAGAAAAAUCAAACCGCAAGUCUGGUUCUGACGACGAUGACUCAUCAGAUGAAGAUAGUGACGAUGAAGAUGAAGAUGAAAUCGGUGAUUCUGGAAAAAAGAAGAUGCUGAUUGAGGAGGAGGAUCCAAAUUGGCCUUUGGAUGCAGAUAUAGGAUGGGGAAUCAAAGCCUCCGAGUAUUUUAAUCAGCACCCGAUAAAAAACGUCGUAGGCGAAGAUGGCACAGAGAUUAACUGGGAAGGAGAAAUUGACGACGCAUUAGUUAAAGAGAUCAAUUGUCUCGAGUGGGAGAGCUUUGCUUUUCACCCUAGCCCACUAAUUGUCCUCGUUUUCGAAAGAUACAACAGAGCAAGUGAUAAUUGGAAAGUCUUGAAAGAGUUGGAGAAAGCAGCAGAGGUUUAUUGGAAAGCCAAAGAUCGAUUACCUCCUCGGACGGUGAAGAUAGAUAUGAAUAUCGAGAGGGAUUUAGCGUACGCACUUAAAGUUAAAGAAUGCCCGCAGAUUUUGUUCUUGCGCGGAAACAAGAUACUAUAUAGAGAGAAGGACACGAGAUCAUCAGAUGAGCUGGUUCAAAUGAUUGCACAUUUUUAUUACAACGCGAAGAAGCCUUCGUUUAUCAAUGAUGCGGAUCUCUCUUCACCAAAACAGUGGAGGUGAGGUUUAGCGAACGAAAAUCGAGUUUAUAGAGUCGUUAGAUACGACUGAAGCUGUACAAAGGGGAAGAUAUCAAUUCCAUGUACUCUGGAGUCUGGAACAAUGGUAUAUGUAUUUGUACCGUAUGCAAAAUUGAACGUGUAAAAUGAACUGAAACGUGAGGGAUACACUUUUUGCCACAAGAACGGGUCUCCGAAUCUUGAAUGCCGAUUUACCGGUAAAUGCAACGGACCAUUUUUUUCAUU